AUUUUUCUUCAUUUGCUUGCAGAGGUACCAUAUCAGAAGAUUAGCUAUUGCACUACCAUCGUUGGAAUGAAAAUUAGUAACAUAAUAAAACUUCUGAGCGUUGUGAAUAAAUUUUCAGGUUUUACAAUAUUCAAGAGGGCGCGUUAAUAUAAUCGAAAGGGUAGUUUUUUUUUUUCUCUUUGGAGAUUAAUUGUGCUCUUUGCUGCGUAUUGUAGCUCCGUGUUACGUAAUGCUUAGAAAUUCUGAGUUGAAAGUUCUGUAUUUACCAUCCACAGAAAAUAGUUCUUUUGCAUCAGCUUGCACAAGGAUACAAACGUGCUCAUAUAUAUGCGUCUUUGUUCAGGAACUACUACUAUACUGCUCUUAGAGGGAACUUGAUAAUACGGCGACGUUCCUGUAUUAGCAGUCUGGUUUCGUAAUGGAAACGGGAGAGGGACAGGACGUUCCGAGCUGGUACUGCGAUUCCGACAGCGACGACUCGAUCGUGGUGACCAUUUCGCAGAUGCAGGACGAGGCUGCCAAACUGCAGAGCACUGCGGCGGAGAUCCGCGAGGAGCUGACUGGACUGCUGGCCACUCUGGACGACAUCGAACACCGCUCCACCACCGAGAAGCGCAAAAAGGUUACUACAAAGGCAAAACCUGAGAGCGGGGACGGCCUUUCUGACGACUGCCCGACGCCGGAGGCUGCGUGCCCCGCUCCCUUGGACGCUGUGGACGAGGGGAAGGAGCCCGUCGAGUCGGACGACAGGUAUCGCGACGUGACGUCAUCGGCGACGGAGCCAGCCAGGCGCGGCUCCAGCGGCGACAUGGCGGCGAGCGCCGCCGCCGCCGCCGAUCCCAGACCUUUCGACCCCAGCGAACUCAUAGAAUCGCUGCUGGACGCCGUGAUGGAACGCCAGUCUGGAGCGGGUGACAGUUUGGAGGCACACCGGCAGCACACGACGUCCAGCAAAGACGAAACCCAGAGUUCGCUGAAAAGUUGUCGUUGGUCCGAGGGGCAGUGCAGCGUUGGUGACGUCGACGCCUCAACACACAGCAGCGACUCGGACGACCACGACGUGGUGGUGAGCGGCGAGAGGUCGUCGUGGGACGCGCUGGAGCGCCGCCGCCUCCGGAAGCCUCGCCGGCACGGCUCGGAGGGCAGCCUCUCCAGCGACGGCCGGUCCUGCUCCGCGGCCGACGACGCCGCGGAGCGCACUGGAGCGGACCUGGAGCUGCUCGACGGCGCCCCGGGCCGCUGCUUGUUUCUCGAAUAGACCAGACCGACCGCCCGACUGCUGUUCUGGGCGCCACCGUGUGAAUCGAAUCGCUGUCUUUUACCGUUGCAGUCAAACAGUUUAUAGAUGUACAAAUUGUCCUGUGUCAGACUCUAAAUAAAUAAUAAUUAUGUUCUUUAUGACGCUCCC